AUGUCGCUGCAGGGCAAGGUCGCGGUCGUCACCGGCGCCAGCAGCGGCAUAGGGCAGGGCAUCGCCCUCGCGCUCGCGGCGGAGGGCUGUGCGGUGGCGCUGGCGGCGCGGCGGGUCGACAUCACGCAGGCCACCGCCGACGAGAUUGCCGGCCGAGGCGGCCGGGCCAUCGCCGUCGCGACCGAUGUGACCGUGCGAGCCGACGUCAAGGCGCUCGCGGCCGCGGCGGAGGCGCAGCUCGGGCCUGUCGAUAUCCUCGUCAACGCGGCCGGUGUGAUGUACUUCACGAUGUUGAAGAACCUUCACGAGGACGAGUGGGAGAGGACGAUCGACACCAACUGCAAGGGCGUCGUCAACGGCGUGGGCGCCGCCUUCGUCGCCAUCUUCUCAAAGGGUCUCCGGGCCGAGUGCGUCGGCACCGGCGUUGCAUGGGGCCAGGUGACGGACGUUCAGCCGGGGGACGUCGGGACGAAUCUCAUCGUCGCGAACACGGACAAAGAGGCGGCGGCGGCGGAGAAGAUGGGCGUCAGCAUCGGCGAGAAGAUUGCGGGAGAGCGCAACUCCGUGCUCGACGUCGCCGACAUCGCCUCCGCAGUGCUGUACGCGCUGACCGCCCCGGCGCAUGUCGGCGUGCACGAGCUGCUCAUUGAGCCACGCGAUCAGAUGUGGGGUGACCCCACCGCUCUCGGCUGAGGGGUCGCGGACAGGGGCCAGUGACAGGGGCCAGUGGAAAGGAGCGCGCUCUUGUCUCUCCGUGGGGGAGAGGCGGCUUGGACCAGUC